CAUGGGGGCUUGUCCACCCAAGGCAAAAGGGCCCUGGCUCCAACCCCAGAGAUUUCUGCUCUCCUGGCUGUUCAGAGAACAAGACUGGGACCAGCACCUGAACCAGGCUUACGUGCUGCAACAGAAGAGGAUUCGAGAGUCUCCGCUGCUUCAGGCAGCCAAGGAAAACGACCUGUUUGUCCUUAGACAACUUAUGCUGGACCCAACCUGUGACUUUCGACAAAGAGGAGCGCUGGGGGAGACGGCGCUGCACAUCGCCGCCCUCUACGACAACCUGGAGGCCGCCAUGGUGCUGAUGGAGGCUGCCCCAGAUCUGGUUCAUGAGCCCACCUUGUAUGAGCCUCUUGUAGGUCAGACCGCACUGCACAUCGCUGUCGUGAACCAGAACGUGAACCUGGUGCGAGCCCUGCUGGCGCACGGGGCCAGCGUCUCUGCCAGAGCCACGGGUGCCGCCUUCCGCCUCAGUCCCCGGAACCUCAUCUACUUCGGGGAGCACCCUUUGUCCUUUGCCGCCUGUGUGGGCAGCGAGGAGAUCGUGCGGCUGCUCAUUGAGCACGGAGCCGACAUCCGGGCUCAGGACUCCCUGGGAAACACAGUGUUGCACAUCCUCAUCCUCCAGCCCAACAAAACCUUUGCCUGCCAGAUGUACAACCUGCUGCUGUCCUACGAUGGCCGUGGAGACCACCUGCAGCCCCUGGAGGCUGUGCCCAACCACCAGGGGCUUACCGCCUUCAAGCUGGCCGGAGUGGAGGGCAACACCGUGAUGUUCCAACACCUGAUGCAGAAGCGGAAGCACAUCCAGUGGACAUGCGGGCCGCUGACCUCCACCCUCUAUGACCUCACGGAGAUCGACUCCUGGGGAGAGGAGCUGUCCUUUCUGGAGCUUGUGGUCUCCUCCAGUAAACGGGAGGCUCGCCAGAUCCUGGAACAGACCCCAGUGAAGGAGCUGGUGAGCCUUAAGUGGAACAAAUACGGGCGGCCAUACUUCUGCGUGCUGGGGGCCUUGUACCUACUCUACAUGGUGUGCUUUACCACAUGCUGCGUCUACCGCCCCCUUAAGUUCCGUGGCAGUAACCGCACUAAUUCUCGAGAUAACACCGUCCUCCAACAGAAACUACUACAGGAGGCCUACGUGACGCAUGAGGAUAUAAUCCGGCUGGUGGGGGAGCUGGUGAGCGUCCUUGGGGCUGUGAUCAUCCUGCUCCUAGAGAUCCCAGACAUCUUCAGGGUCGGUGCCUCUCGCUAUUUUGGACAGACGAUUCUCGGGGGGCCUUUCCAUGUCAUCAUCAUCACCUAUGCCUUCAUGGUGCUGGUGACCAUGGUGAUGCGGCUCACCAACACCGACGGAGAGGUGGUGCCCAUGUCCCUGGCCCUGGUGCUGGGCUGGUGCAAUGUCAUGUACUUUGCCCGAGGAUUCCAGAUGCUGGGCCCCUUUACCAUCAUGAUCCAGAAGAUGAUUUUUGGAGACCUGAUGCGUUUCUGCUGGCUGAUGGCUGUGGUCAUCCUGGGCUUUGCCUCGGCGUUCUAUAUCAUUUUCCAGACAGAGGACCCAACCAAUCUGGGGGAAUUCUAUGACUAUCCCAUGGCAUUGUUCAGCACCUUCGAGCUUUUCCUCACCAUCAUUGACGCACCCGCCAACUACGAAGUGAACUUGCCCUUCAUGUUUGGCAUCGUCAACUUUGCUUUUGCCAUCAUCGCCGCGCUGCUCAUGCUCAACCUGUUCAUCGCCAUGAUGGGUGACACACACUGGAGGGUGGCCCAGGAGCGGGACGAGCUCUGGAGAGCCCAGGUCGUGGCCACCACGGUGAUGCUGGAGAGGAAGAUGCCGCGCUUCCUGUGGCCGCGCUCUGGGAUCUGUGGGUUCCACUACGGGCUGGGGGACCGCUGGUUCCUGCGGGUGGAGAGCCACCACUCCCAGAGCGCCCUGCGCGUGCUGCGCUACGUGGAGGCCUUCAAGUGCCCGGACAAGGAGGAUGGGCAGGAGCAGUUUUCCGAGAAACAGCCCUCCGUAGCUGAGAGUGGGACCCUGGCCAGAGCCUCCCUGGCCCUGCCGACACCCUCCCUGUCCCGGACCACGUCCCGCAGCAGCAGUCACCGCGGCUGGGAGAUCCUUCGUCGAAACACCCUGGGACACUUGAAUCUCGGCCUGGACCUCGGUGAGGGGGACGGAGAGGAGGUCUACCGUCUGUGAUUGGCAUCCCCGUCACUCUUGGCCUGACUCC